AUGGCUGUCCACGAAGGGCUAACAGAGGAAGAAACAGGACGAGUCAAAUCGCUUCUGCGACAAUGCUUUCCGCACACCAACUUUGACAAAGAUGUCAGCUGCACAUUUGUAAUCCAAGCAGACAACAGAAGCUUCUGGUCAAAGAUCGUACGUGUGCACCUGGAUUGGAAGAAUGUAGAAGAAGGACAAGAUCACCCCACGUCCAUUUUUAUGAAGAUCCCACGGGUUUCCGAAAAUGUGAGAUUUGGGGAGGCGAACGACUAUAGUGACCUUGAAGCUGCCAAAGAAGCUGAAUGUCUGCUCAUACUCACAAAGUACGAAGUGUCAUUUUAUCGAAACUAUGGAAAUGAUAUCAUUCCGCACUUUCCAAUGCCAAAAUUUUACGCUGCCGAAGAUGUCACAGAACCAGGGACGGGAAUUAUUGCUUUAGAAGACCUUAGCGACCGCGUAAAAACGAUGGACCUUUUUCCCGGUCUGUCAUUAAUCCAGUUGGAAACAGUUAUGGAUGCGUUGGCUGGGUUCCAUCAUCAUUUCUACACCAAGGAAGAUCAGUCGUGGGUGUCUUCUUUUGACAGAGUUUCCGAAAUCGAGAAAGAGUUCCAGGAUGUGCAGUUUGGCGCUUCCCAGAUGUUUGAGAAGAUUCGACCAGAUUUGUUCAAGUCAAAAGUGUCAGCGCUGAAGGAAUACUUUAGCCUUGAAGCGGCGACGAGCGCUCAUUACUCUUAUAAAGAAUUAGGAGUCCCUCCAGCUCCAGUCCACUUCGACAUGAAUCCCACAAACCUAUUAUGGGACAAGGAAAUGAGAAAGCUCAUUGCAAUAAUUGACUAUCAACUCCUCCACACCGGUAAUUUCGCUGAAGACAUCGCGCGAACGUUGACGCUCACGAUGUCGAGACAGCAACGAUGGAACCAUACGAAUGCACUCCUCAAGCGUUACCACGACACACUAACAUCACUGUCAAACGGCAAUCCGCCUUACGCCAUUUCCAAGGUGUACGAGGCAUACGAAUGGAUCUUCCCCUACUCCAUGAACUUCGGAUUGUUUGCUAUGGCCAACUACUUUGACAUGUACAAUAGGCUAGAACAAGAUGAGGUGAAAAGAAGAGAGAUUCAAAAUGAGAUCACUGACAGAGCCUAUGGGGCAAUAAUUGAUGCUGAGCGAUACAUUCGUCUACGGCAGAAUUCGCGAAGGCCUCGAAGGGUCUAA